ACUUGCGCCAGCAUAGUUUAUCUAAAUAAACCCACAUGUUGCCUGUUAUUUUGCAUAGCUAGUGUUAUCAAAUUAUAGUCAAUCAGUUAUUUUCUUUACCGAUGCCAUACGAGUUUGUUUUCUGCACAAGAAGUGUCUAGCUGACUGGCUACUUAAGCCAGCUAAUUUAGUCAUUAGCUACACCAGCUAGCGCGAGCUGGUAUGUGAACGACGCACACUGGUCCUCGCGCAGCUUUUUCCCCUGUCUGGGUAAACAAUACUAUUUUUUUGAUAAGCCCCUUCUGAACCACCGCGAGUGUGAUUUAUUGAUGUAUGCAUCUAGCUAGCAAGGUGUUGCCACAUUUUGUUUUGUCUUUAUUUUUUGAAUGCAUAUUUUAUUUGCCGGACAUAACGAUUUUCUUGUAUUAGCGCAAGGCGCUGUCUGCCAGCUCCCUACUUAGGUGCAUGUGUCCGUUGCUUUUUUCCCCCCUGUAUAUUUCUUACGGCUACACAGCUAGCUUGACAGUUGCUUAGCUAGCAGCAUUUAUUCGCUAUAGCAGCUUGCCCCGGUUAUUGACAUCGGCGAGUAGCACAAAUCGUUUAUGAAUGUGGAACUGCUUUGGAAUUCUUUUUUUCAGGUUAACUAACGUUAGCUGGCUGUAAUUAAUUACUAUCAGCCAGUGGCGUAUGUAUGAUUUGUGCUGGGGGUUUCAUUGUUAGCUAGCUAUCUGGCUAACUGUGUGAAUUCGAUUGUGAGGAAAGGACCUACGUUUUUUUUUAAAGUAGCUAUGGAUGAUCAAACGCGAAUGCUGGCGGGUCUCACCGGACUCGGCGGGUUAUCACAAGGCGACGUUGGCGACCCAGACUCGGUUAGGAAACAGCUCGGUCAACCUCAAGACAUUGGGGAUAUUCUACAACAGAUCAUGGCCAUCACAGACGAAAGCCUGGACGAGGCGCAGGCCAGAUGCUGGCCAGAGGAGUCGCCGGCGCACUGGGGCGGAUCGGAUGACCCCGCAGAGGGAGGGGGAGCUGGGGGGGGCACGGCAGGGGGUGGCCUGCCACUCAACUUCCAGCACAGGAAACACGCCCUGAACUGUCACAGAAUGAAGCCUGCCCUCUUCAGCGUUCUGUGUGAGAUCAAAGAGAAGACCGGUGAGUCUCCACUUUUUGUUCUCAACUAUCAUCCCAGUCUCCCCAGCUCAUGCUUACACCAAUCCAAUGCUUUGAAAUGUGUGGAGAGAAGCUCUAGGACUUGA